AUGGGACAACACGGCUCCAAAUCUACCAUCGAGGCUCGGGUGAUUUUUCAGCGCGGUGGCUCGGAGGACAUGAGUCCCAAAAGAGACGCGUGUUCGACACCAGCCUCUGUUGUCCGCAUUCAAAAGAAGGUGAACAGUCAGGUCCACUCUUCGAACCGCUCACUGGAGAAGUCAUCGCCUCAUUCAUGGUCCCUGAGCCGCCGUGACUCUGAAGGGCUGGUGUACGUGAUGGAUAACCCCACUGGAGGAGUGUGGGUAAAGCCGGAAGAAAGAUGGACCAGAUCAUGACACACAACCAAAAAAUAUGCAGGCGAAAUACAAAAAAAAUCUCCAAGGAAAUAAGUCAGGUACCUCUUGACUGGAAGAUGUCCUUAAGCUUUGGCUUUUUCCGCGCGACAGAAAGUUUUGGAUGUCUUCGCGCAGAGGUGCGCGUCUGUGGCGCAUCCACCCUACAUGGUGCGGAUUCAAGAUGGAUUUGAAUCGUCUCCGAGACGCGAAGAGGAUGGCUGGACUGAUCGCUGAUAUUUAUUUAUUUAGUCUUUAUGAGACAUUUAGUCAGACUGAUGGACUGGAAGAUGGUGGCAAGAGGUGACACGCACAAAAACUAAGUGCACAUAGGUUUUUUUAUUUUUUUGGAAAUGCUUUGUUUCCAAAAUGACUUUUUUUAUUUAAGGAAAUACUUCACACCUUCAGAAGAAUGUGGCCUGGAUAGAAAGGGAGCUUUGGUUUAGUCAGUACUGAAACUAUUUUUGGAUGCAAACGAAUUUUGAUACCAUGGCAUUUGCUGAGUGAAUCAACAUGGUUUGUAAACACAGUUCUGUUAAGCCAACUAUGUCAGGGUGAAUCUUUUCAAUUGCUGACCAACCUUUAUCUAUUUUUAUUUUAAUUGACUUAUUUAUUAGAUUAUUUUUGUAUUUCACAACAUAGCACAAAGAAAUGUUUGAAAAAUGCAUUAUUUUUUUAUUGCUUGAUUGAAUAUGAAGGAGUGGAACUCAGAAUUAAGCCCUCCAAUAUUUUAGACUUUCCUGAAUGUCUUAAUGUUGAUGUUUACCUGAUUAUUUUCUGGAUAGCUGUGUGUUGGUGUCAAGGCAGCAGAGUUUGAAUUUGUUAUUUUUUAAACCUUGAAUGUUGUUAGAAAGUUUGAUGAAAGUGAUGGAGCAUCUGAUUGUCUACUGAAAGUUUACAGUGCAGUCAAGAGACUGCCAUUGAGGGACUACUUAAAUGUAUGUAAAAAUGAAUAAUCCGGGGCUGUGAAAGAGGAUAAUGGUGGUUAAGUAUUAAUAAAAUGCAAUUUUUUUUCACUGGCAAGUCAAACUUGAGUUCUGUUCUUUACGUCCGCCCUCUGAUUGUCUUAUUACAUUUAAGUUAAACGACACAUCGCUGCACAAAUCUUUUUUUUCCAGCAAAGCCCAUACCAAUUCAUGCAAUCUGAGACAUGAUCCUAAAUUUCUAAACAAACACUUCAUUUUACUGUUUUUUUCUUGGUAAAAAGGUAGGGGAGACCGGGGCUUGUCACACGGGUAAGUUGUCACAUUGCAAUUAUCUUUGCCACCAGAGGGCGCAACUAAAAAGUGGAAUACUAGUUUUCUCCCUUUACAUGUUCAGGGGUCGUGUCCUGUCUGAUAAGAAAAAAUCACAUUGCGAGCUGAGAUGAGCGCCAAUAAAGCAUUUUGCACAACCCAAAGUUAAAAUAUUUAACUUUAUGUAUUUAAAAAUUAGCUUCUUCCAUAUAAUCCUAGCAGUGAAACAUGUGGACUUGUUAGAGGAGAGAUGAAGGCAAUGUGUCAGACCUCAGUCAUUUUUCUGUUUUAAGCAAACCUUAAGCUAGAGCUCAAAUUAGCAGACAUGGUAGUUUGGGGCAACGUGUCUCAGUCAUUUUGGGGUUAGUUGUCGCAUGUUUUAAAGGGAUUAAAAUUAACAUAGUCUACAUAUCAGCAGUCAGCAGUUGUCAUACAGAGAUGUUGACUUUACUUUUACAGAAAAAAAAGAGUGAUUUAAAAGAGAGGAGAAAGCAAGAUGACAUGGUUAGGUAUUACAAAACAAAAACUAAGUAUGGCAGGGCAGUCAGGCAGGUGACCCUAGCUAAUAAAUCAGUCUGACGCACAAUAAAGGACUUUAAUGUCAACUACCAUACCAUGGCUCCGUACUGUGAAACAUUCACCCCAGCCGAAAUACAGAGUCAGACAGCUCUCCAAACUCCAGAGCAUGUUGCAUAAUAUUUUAUGUUAAUGUUUGAUCGAUGACUUUUUCUAGCUCAAUGAUAAACAUUUUGUGUGCCUGACUUUAAUGCUCACUUUCAGGUAAAACAACAUUAAUUUUGUUCUUGUUUUAUUAGCUGCAAAAUCCACUGUGACAUCUUACCCCAUAUAGUAAGAGAACUUACCUGAUGGUGGGGCAACAACAUGUCACAUGUCACACUCUCUAUUUGACUGCUUAUAACUCUGCACUGACACAAGAUAUGAAAAUGACAUGCAUACAAAAUAUAUACCUGAGACUUUGGUCUUUCAUCUGGUACACAUUUUGUUUACAUAUGAUGUAUUGAUUCCAAGAAAUAUACAAGAGCGUAAAAAGUGACAACAAGCACCGGUCUCCCCUACAUUAUGUGCUUUUGGGGCCGUACUUGGGGAAAAAGUUGUAGCAGAAUGUCUCUAAACUUGGGUUGAUCUUUUAUAAGCAUUACAUCACAAGAUAAGGGCCUUGUCAUUGCAUUGAUAACGGUGGCUUGAUGCUGGUUUAAUAUGGGCGGUAACUUCAUUUUUUUUAGCCAGCAUAAAAGGAAUCUCCUCUGGUUGGUACAAACUUUGCUCCCUGGUGUGGCGCCUUAUCAGUGACAAAGUCACAGUCAGAGUUGAGCUAAUGGUUCAUCUAUUAAAUCCAGAGCCACGCACUCAGCAAACACUGCGUCAGAAAAGAGGAAGAUGUGCCUGUCCCGUCUCCGUUGACCGUCUUCAGGCCUACUAUCAUGGGGUUGCGAGGAUCUAAACUCCCGGAGGCCUAUGUUCCCAUUCUGGGCUUGGACAACGCUGGAAAGUCGACUCUUCUUUACAAACUGAAGCAUAACGCGUGUGUCGGCACAGUCCCCACCAUCGGCUUCAACGUUGAAAUGAUCGAGGCGAAAAAGAACCGGAAGACCAUCGCUGUAACUUUAUGGGACGUCGGCGGCCAGAGCAUGAUGCGCGAGCAUUGGAAGAACUUCCACCAGGACUCAGCGGCUGUGGUGUUCGUGGUGGACAGCGCGGACAGGACGCGCAUGGAUGAGGCGCGCAGAGAGUUGGAGAACACCCUGAGGAGUGAACUCCUGAAGGGCCGUCCGCUGAUUGUCAUUGCCAACAAACAGGACGUGAACGGCGCUCUGACAGCCACCGAGAUUAAAGAUACCUUUCAUCUGAAGAGGGUCUGCACGGGACGGGAUUGGUUCGUUCAGCCUUGUUCUGCGUCAACGGGAUUUGGAGUUGAAGAGGCCUUCAGGCGUGUGGUGCAGCUGGCCAAGCUCCCAUCAGAACCUGGGGCCAUGAAGGAAAACAUUAAAGACACCGUACACUACCUCAAAACGACCAGAAGACAUUAA